AUGUCAAGCAAGAAGAAUGUACUGUUGAUGGUCGCCGAUGAUCUUGGCAAGCAGCUCAGUUGCUAUGGUGCAUCAACUAUCAAAACACCCAGUAUCGACCGUCUGGCUGGGGAAGGCACCAAAUUUGAGUAUGCAUUUGCAAGUACCGCAUCGUGUAGCGGUAGCCGCUCUGUGAUAUACACAGGUCUUCACACCCACCAGAACGGCCAGUACGGACUUGCCAGUCAUCGCCACCACUUCGUCACCUUUGACCACGUCGAGACAGCCCCCCAGUUGCUGAAUCAGAGCGGCUACCGAACGGGAAUUCUUGGAAAAAUUCACGUUGGACCUGCGGCAGUCUAUCCCUGGGAGGUUACCAAGGAGAGCGAAACCCGGGAUGUGGCUGUGAUUGCUGAUCAAGCCAAGGAGUUCUUUCUUGAGUCCAAAAUAGAUGAGAGAUCCUUUUUCUUGACCAUUGGAUUCCACGAUCCUCAUCGCGAUCGCACACGAGGUGGAUUUGGCAACGACCAAAAAUACGAUCCUAGAAUCAAGAGCGGUUCCUACAAGGGCGAUGCUGUUGAGGUGCCUCCGUUCAUCAACGACUCCCCCGGUGCCCGCUUCGAGUUGGCUGAGUAUUAUAACUCAAUUCAUCGCCUUGAUCAGGGCAUCGGAUUCGUUUUGGACGCUCUCGAAGAGGCCGGUCUGGCUGAAUCAACCCUGGUUAUUUUCAUAAGCGACAAUGGCCCACCGUUUAUCAACUCCAAAACAACUCUCUUCGAUGCAGGGGUGAGAUUACCUCUCAUAAUCAAGCAUCCGAAAAUACGACCUACGAAUAACUUCGACAUGGUGUCAUAUGUUGAUAUCCUUCCAACCUUGCUUGACUAUGUUGGGCAUCCAGGCGUGGUAGAUCCAGCAAAAAAGCGUCUUGGGCACUCAUUACUUCCUAUCCUCGGAACUGACGGGAAAGCAUCAAAGCGUAAUCACGUCUUCGGCUCGCAUACCUUCCACGAGGUCACAAAUUACUGGCCCACAAGAUUCAUCCGGGACCGACGCUACAAGUACCAUCGAAACCUCGCGUGGCGACUCGACUUCCCAUUCGCGGCUGAUAUCUAUGGAUCUCUCUCCUGGGAGGACAUUCGCAAUUCCCCGGAUAGCGAGAUCAUGAUUGGAGAGCGAAAGCUUAAGGAUUAUUUCUUUCGUGCACCUGAAGAGCUGUACGAUUUAGAAAAUGACCCAAAUGAGGUGAUCAAUCUGGUGAAAGACCCAGCUCACGCCGCUGUACUCGAUGGCCUGAGGGUGCAACUGGAGACAUGGCAGCGACGGACCGAGGACCCUUGGCUAUACCGGGAUGGCGUAUCUACCUGGUUUGUAAGAUACCAUUCCCAGUCUGGGUUGAAGAUCCCAGACCGGCUAGACUUCGAUGCGGAACGGCCCGGAAACCAUGACCAGAAAUCGUUUGAUGGAGACUUGACCUGGGGGAAAGAUGUUGAGCCUGUGCGGCUUGAUCCAAGCCCCUGA